UAACACCUUCAAAGUCACUUGUUUCCUUUUCUGCGGUGACUGUCUGAAAAGCGAUAGCCGAGGAGGAAAUAGAGCUUAUCCGAUUUGUUCUAUCUCCCUUUCUGUUGCUUCUUUUUUUUAAUUUCUUGUCAUCCGUUCCUUUUUUCUGCAUAUUCUGAAGAGAGAGCAAUAUUGCCUUGCUAGUCUGAAAAUGAAAAAGGUGAAAGUUUUCUACUGACGACAGUUGAACACAGACGGCCCGUGCUCAGAAGAGGAUGAGGGGGACCAAUUAUGAGGAAGACUCUCCAAGAACCCAGCUGCAGUGAACGAGUCCAUCUACCAGUAGUAAUCCAAGCCUCUGUUCUGGCCUGUAGACGUUGACUAGCAGCACAACUCACAACCAGGCGAGCUGGCAACAGGAUUUCUUGGGGGCAUGACUGAGCUGGGGUCAUCCGAUGAAACAAAGACGGGGAUGUCUGGAAAUGGAGAGGCUUCCUCCAACGAAAGGGAGACUGACAUACUGGAAGAUGACAAUGAAGGAGAUAGUGUGGCAGCUUCUUUGUCUUUUUCCGGCAAUAGUUCUUCCUUUUCCUACAAUACCCUGUCUGGCAACGAGCCCAUGACAUCAGAUCGUGGUGACAACUUCACUCACACUUCGGUUCGGCGGCGAAUGGAAACUGAUAAUAACUUGGCACUAAAUGGAGUAUAUGGCUCAGGUGAGGUGCAAAAACUGAAGAUGUCACCUUUAGUGUCUCCUCAGACACCAACCAGAGGGAUCAUCAGCCAGGUGCGUGGAGGUCUGCUGAACGAUGGAUACAAGUGCACGGAUGUGUUAGACACCAUGCACUCGACUUAUUCCACACAUGCUAGUCAAGAGGAUGAGUUAGCCUCGUUAUCGACAGACGUUGAUGACUCAAUUGAACAUCUGAACCAACUGAUUCUAGAUUUGGACCCUACUUUUAUUCCUGCUCUUCCUGGCUGUGACCCCCUGUCUCGAUCCACCUCCCUCAACAGCGGCUGCCUCAGUGAUAAAGGAAAUACUCAUCUGACUGGCUGGAAGCGGCAGAAGCAGAUCAGCGAUGAGACUGACUACUCUAGUCUUUGGAUGCUUAACGUUGCUUGUCGUGAUCCAGGAUCAAGAGGGGAAGAACCUCAGAGCUUUGGAGGCUCCCUGGUUGACAGGCCCCCUUUCCUAUCACCACAGUACAAGUUCAAGGGCGUAGACUUCAAUGGACCGAGUGAUAGCUCCGAAUUUAUCCCACCAACUCCAACCUUCCCAGUGUCUCCUCCAACACCCUAUGUGAAACACUUUUCAGAGUUUUCUCAUACCCGGACUGGUGGUCAGUGGGAAAAAGGCAGCUGGACUCAAGAUUCUCGAAGUUUCCUGGACAGUGCAAACCACACAGGCUCUAGUGACGGAGAGCUAUUCAGAUCUGACAUGUCUGUGAGUUCUGCUUCCUGUCCACGGGUGUUCGGUUCCAUGUGUUCUGUGUCGUCAAACAGUCCCCUCCCACACUCAGACAGUUGCACGCCGCCUCCAGUGUGGCACCAGCAAACUCCAAACUCCUCGCAGCCCUCAACUCCUAUCAAGCGCAGCACGCCAAAUGUCCAGGGUUCUCCUUGGGGGUCUCGCAGAGGCUUGGUUGGGGGUCCAGAAGUCCACAUGGCGACCGAAAUCCCAGACGUGUGUUCGUUAUCGACAGUAAAUGGCAACCUGGAGCACAGCCUGCUGGAAGCCAUGAGGGACCUCAGGGUCUUGAGCCUCGGUGGAGAUGAGGACCUCCCUCCGCUGUUGCCCGAAAAGAGGAGAGGGGGUGAGGGUGGUGAGCUUGGCUCCUGCUCAACUUCUCUGAGUGCGGUUUCAAGUCCUCACAGUGGAAUCGGUGUCAGCCUGCCUUUCUCGUCACUGACCCCUGACCUUUUAAGUGGGGCCCCAUCAAGUGGAGCAGAGUUCGGCAGUAAGCAGGACACUGUGAAAUUUGUCCAAGACAUUUCUAAGUUCUGGUACAAGCCUGAUAUUUCCAGAGACCAAGCUAUUUCAGUGUUAAAGGAUAAAGUAGCAGGUUCUUUCAUUGUCAGAGACAGUCAUUCAUUCCGGGGGGCGUAUGGACUGGCUAUGAAAGUGGCCACACCCCCUCCAUCUGUGCUGCACAGCGCACACAGUAAAAAAGCUGCAGAUGCAUCCAACGAGCUGGUUCGACAUUUCCUGAUAGAGUGCACCCAGAAAGGAGUUCGUCUCAAAGGCUGCCCCAAUGAACCGUACUUUGGAAGUCUCACUGCUCUGGUGUGUCAACACUCCAUUACACCUCUCGCUUUGCCCUGCAAGCUCAUUCUGCCUGACAGAGACCCGUUGGAGGAGCUCAGUGACUCGUCUGCAAAUACGGCAACCAACUCAGCAGCCGAGCUUUUAAAGCAAGGGGCAGCUUGCAAUGUGUGGUACCUUGGCUCUGUGGAACUGGAGUCUCUCACGGGACACCAGGCAGUUCAGAAAGCGACCACGCUGACACUCGCCAUGGACCCUCCGUCAGCCUCGACUGUUGUCCACUUUAAGGUGUCAGCACAGGGAAUCACACUCACAGACAACCAGAGGAAGCUGUUUUUCAGAAGACACUAUGCAGUCAAUACAGUCAUCUUCUGUUCUCUGGACCCGCAGGGCAGAAGAUGGACAAGAGGCAGUGAUUCUACAGCAAAGAUCUUUGGGUUUGUAGCAAGGAAAUCUCAGAGUGAGACUGAAAAUAUUUGCCAUCUCUUUGCCGAACAUGACCCAGAGCAGCCAGCGAGUGCAAUUGUCAACUUUGUCUCAAAGGUUAUGAUCGGGUCACACAAGAAGUGAAGAAACUGAAACAGACUUACUGCACUGACUCCAAAUAAUACAACUGUAACAUUCACAAACCAAAACCUGAAGAACACAAGCAUCAAAUGCUCAAACGAAGAAACUCCAGCACCUCCUCGAAAUGUUUGUGCGGAAUGUGCUGCAACGCUACCAUGGACUGCAUAAAUUCAUUUAUGACUGAUCAAAGAAUAAAAACAUACUUACUAGGGGAUAAUUUGAUACUAGGACCCUUUUUUUUUAUAGAGGGUCCGUUAUGAAAAUUUGAUUUUCACAAUUUAUAUCAAAUUUUUGUCACUACCUAGUUUCUUUUCUCAUUGAUAGCCAGGGUGAAAAUAGCAUUGUUGAGAUUGAUUAUAAUUUUUUUUGAAAAAAUGUUUAACUUAUUUUUAAAAGUGGAUUUCACAUACACAAGGACACAUGUAAGGUGUAAUACCAUUAUUUUGUGGCUUCGUAUGUUGGAAAACCUUUGUGCUGUGUUUAUAUUUCACUAAAUAUGUAUCCAUUUAUUUGGAUGUAUGAAAGUAUUUUUUCUAAAUAUACUUCAUCCAUGCCAGAAACUGUAUUUUUGUAAAAUAUCAUGAUUCAUACAUUGUAUAAAAAGAAGAGUGUAUCUCAGGAUUUGUGCUAUUAUGUCACAUGUAAUGUAAUAUGAUUUAAAUUUGAGUACAGUUUUGAAUUGUAUUGUUUUUGUACAGCUAUGGAAAAUAAUAAGAUACCACUAGAAAAUUAUACAUUUCUCUGAAUUUAACCAUUUACAAGUAUGUGUUUGGGUAAAAUGAUCGAGCACUUAAAACUACUGACAAGAGUAUAGAUAAUUCAGUGAUAAUUUAUUUUGAAAAAAACUCGAGUCUAACACUCGAGUUUUAAGAGCUCAAAAUUGAAAAAACAAAACAAAAAAC